GGGACUCCCAGCUCUGUUUUCCCUCCUCCCUCAGCUCCCAGAGCUCUCAGAAAUUUUUCUUUCUCUCUCCCAGUGGCCACAGCUCGGUCCCAGUGUCCUGGGGAAGAUGGCAGAGAAGCAGGAGGAGCCCAGCAAUGCCCAGAACGGGGAACCCGACAAUGCUGAGGAGGGCGAGGGGAAGAAGAAGAAGGUGAAGAGGGAGGACCUGCCACCCUUUGAGAUUGUGACAGGGGAACGCCUCCCAGCCAUCUUCUUCAAAUUCCAGUUCAGGAACGUGGAGUACAGCUCGGGCAGGAACAAAACCUUCCUGUGCUACGUGGUGGAGACGCAGGGCAAGGAGGCGGCCACCAGCCGCGGCUACCUGGAGGACGAGCACGCGGCCGCGCACGCCGAGAUGGCGUUUUUCAACAGCAUCCUGCCCAAGUGCCAGGCGGGCGCUCGCCACGAUGUCACCUGGUACGUGUCCUCCAGCCCCUGCGUCACCUGCGCCCAGAGGAUCUGCGAGGCGCUGCGCAAGGACAAGGGGCUGCGCCUCACCAUCAUGGUGGGCAGGCUCUUCAUGUGGGAGGAGCCCGAGAUGCAGGCGGCCCUCAGGGGCAUGAAGGAGGCCGGCUGCAAGCUGAGGAUUAUGAAGCCUCAAGACUUUGAGUAUGUCUGGAAGAACUUUGUGGAGCCGGAGGAAGGGGAGGAGGCCAAGUCCUUCGUGCCCUGGGAGGAUAUUCAGGAGAAUUUUCAGUACUACGAGGAGAAGCUGGCUGAGAUCUUGCACUGAGCUCAGGAUCAGAAAGGAUCCACGAAGAGAUGUGACAGACCUGGACACCUGGGACAGUCCUGCUUCCCCAAGCUUUGAUUCCAGCAGGAUGGAGAGCCAACCUCUGGGAGACAAGGCCCCGUGGGACUCCAAACA